AUGUUAUUUAAAAUCCGUACAAAAUGAAGCACAUUCUUUUCUUCAUCAUUUCCAUUCUAUUCUUCGUCAUUAAAUUAAACUGUGGUCAUAAUCCAAAGUUUGAUGAAACUGUCAAGACUAUUUUCGUCCACCUCCUUGCCUGUCCACUCCAUUGCGUCCGCCAAAGAGCUUCAUGGUCACCUCAUUAGAACUCACAAAAACUCCGACCCUUAUGCUAUUUCAGACGUUAUUAGAUUCUAUUCUCUCUUUCCCACCGCCCUACACAAAGCCCUUCUUGCUUUUAAUCAAACGGAACAACCAGCAUUGCCAAUUUGGAAUUUCGUGAUUCGAGGGAUAUCUAAGAGUGAUCGCCCGAUUGAUGCACUCCACAUGUUUGACAGAAUGCGUCAACGAGGAUUACGUGGAAAUAAUCUUACUUUCAUUUUCAUCUUCAAGGCAUCUAUACAUCUUUCGGAUAUUGUGUUUGGACGGGCAGUUCAUGUUGAUGUUAUGAAGCUUGGGUAUUCGUCGUACUUGUAUGUGUGUAAUGCUUUGCUUUACAUGUAUGGUUCUUGUGGUGAUUUAGCUAGUGCCAGAAACGUGUUUGAUGAAAUAUCUGAGAGAGAUUUAGUGUCGUGGAACUCCUUGAUUUGUGGGUAUAGUAUAUGUAAUAGAUAUCGUGAAGUAUUGGAUGUUUUUGCUUCAAUGCAGGAAGAAAAUGUGAAGGCGGAUGCAGUGACGUUGGUGAAAGUAGUGCUAGCUUGUAGCUAUUUAGGGGAUUUUGAUACUGUGGAUUCUGUGGUGAGGUAUAUAGGGGAUAAUUGUGUGAGAAUCGAUGUAUACUUGGGAAAUACAUUGAUUGAUAUGUAUGGUAGACAUGGUUUAGUUGCGUUAGCUGAAGCAGUUUUUGCUAAAAUGGAGGAGAGAAAUGUGGUUUCAUGGAACGCCAUGAUAAUGGGGUAUGCUAAAGCAGGGAAUUUAACGGCUGCAAAGGAACUUUUUGAUAAGAUGCCUAACAGAGAUGUGAUUUCUUGGACUUCUAUGAUCACAGGAUAUUGUCAAGUUAAUCGAUUUUCAGAUGCUAUUGCACUUUUCCAAGAGAUGAUGACAAUUAAGGUUAAACCUGAUGAAGUCACUGUUGCUAGUGUUCUUUCUGCUUGUGCACGUUUAGGUAUACUUGAUGUGGGUAAGGCAGUGCAUGAUUAUGUUCGUCAGCAUGACAUUAAAAUGGAUAUUUACGUGGGGAAUGCACUGGUGGAUAUGUACUGCAAAUGUGGAUCUGUUAAUAUAGCCUUGGAAGUAUUUUUGAGCAUGAGAAAAAAGGAUACUGUUUCUUGGACUUCAAUAAUCUCUGGACUUGCAGUGAAUGGCUUCCAUGAUAAUGCUCUUCAGCUCUUCUUGCAGAUGCUAGGAGAAGGUUGUAAGCCAACUCAUGGUACUUUUAUUGGUGUACUACUUGCUUGUGCUCAUGCAGGUUUGGUGUACAAAGGUUUGGAAUACUUUGAGAGUAUGGAGAAACUUCACGGAUUAGUGCCAGAAAUGAAGCAUUAUGGUUGUGUUGUUGAUUUGUUGUGCCGCUCUGGUAAUUUAAAUAGAGCAUUUGAGUUUAUAAAUCUUAUGCCUAUGGAAGCAGAUGUGGUUUUGUGGAGAAUGCUGCUUAGUGCUUGUAAACUUCAUAGUAAUGUAGUUCUUGCUGAAAUUGCUGCAAACAAACUUCUUCAAUUGGAUCCUGAUAAUGGUGGUAAUUAUGUUUUGUCAUCAAGUAUUUAUGCCACUGCAGAGAGGUGGGACGAUGCAAUGAACACAAGGCAAUUGAUGGAUGAGGGCACAGUACAGAGGCCACCAGGCAGGAGUUCAAUUGAAGUAGAUGCGAUUGUCUAGCAUUCAAAGUACCUCGUCUUAGAAAUGUAAAGUACCUGAAACAAUGGCUUCCUUCACAUGGUACUAUUUGUACAGAUAGUCACGAGAUCGAGCAUACAGGUGUAGUAGUUAUUGACAGCACGUGAGACGGAAGUGUGUAUCAUGUAAACAUGAGUUAUUGUUCUCUAGCUGCAGUUUUGGAUAAAAAAUGCUAAAUAUGAGUUGCCAACUAACGCAUGAGUUUGAUUUUCUCUUCUUCAGCACUAUAAAGAUGAAGGUCCCAAUAUGCAUACAGGUUGCUAUUUGACACCUAAAUAACACGUUAAGUUUUAUUGUGGAAUACCGAAUUGUAUUUAUGAUCUCUGCUUCCUUGGGGUUAUAGAUGGUUGUUGUAUCUAGUACGUGGCAUAGCUGAUACAUAUUGCAAGUGUGGUACCAGUCUUCUGAACUUUGUAUUUUUAAAACUUAAGGUUCCACUGCCUCUUUGCCACAUUUAACAUUUUAAAUUUGGAAUGAUGGUAGGACGCUCAGAGCAUGCUCCUUAGCAGACUGAGCAUGUAGCUCUAUCAGAAUAAUCUCAAGGUAUGAAACCGCAAUGAUCUCGUCAAUUGCUUCUUAACUUUUUCAGUGAUACUGUAUAUUUCUGAAUCAUGUUCAUAUUCGUUUUUAUCCUAGUGAUCAUGGGUUUGGUUGACACUGAACCUUGUUUAAAAUUUUCUAGUUACAGGCAAUCCAUCUUAGAUGGAACUUUUUGGACUAGUAUAUGAUGAUCGAUAGCUUUUCUAUGACAUUCAAGUUUUUUUUUCUCUUCUGAGGGCGGGGGAAGGGAGGGAUUCGUCAUUCUCCUCGCUGAAAGAGGUUAAAUUGAUCCCCAAACACACAUCUAAUGCCAACUUGAGUUUAGGUACACUGCUAAAAUUUUGAUUCAGCUACAGGUUGAAGAUGACUUUGAUGACAUUUCCCCCGCGAGAACUGGUCUCAAAAGGCUUCUUCCAUUCCCUCUUGAGUAAGUUAUACCUGUGGGUUAUGAGAGGCUUUACAUCUAUUUCCCUAGUUCUCAGAAGUACAAUGCAGAAUGCCUGUGUAUUUCGGUAUCUGACAAUGCCUAUGACAUCGACCUCUCUGCCACAGGAAAAAAGACUCUUGAAAGUUUCGCCUUCGAAAAGUGUUUCAGGAAAGAAAUUUAAAGCACAGAAGUGCAAGUACCUUGCAGCAGCUGAAGUAAGAGGGAGAGUCAUCUCACUCAAGACUAAUCCAAUGAGGCAUACUUUACCACCAGCACGGGCAGCUUCCGAGUCAUUAUCAUAGUCUUGUAAAAAAAAACAUAAUCAAAGCUCAAAUAUCUGGGUUUGACACAAAUAACUGCUGAUGAGGAGGAAAAAAAAUGUGAACCUGCAUAGAUGGAAGAAACUUUAAUGAUCUCA